GUCGAGGGGCGGGAUUUCCCGCACGGUCGCUGGGGGCCUGGCUAGGGCGGUGCGGGCGGUGUCCGAGGGAGCGCCUGCGAGAGGGCGGGUCGGGGUCAGCUUCUGCGGGCGGGCUGGCGGGCGUCUCCUCCCGCCGUCCUCCCUCCGCCACGAUGCCUGGGAUCGACAAGCUGCCCAUCGAGGAGACGCUGGAGGACAGCCCGCAGACAAGGUCUCUCCUGGGUGUAUUUGAAGAAGAUGCUACAGCUAUUUCCAACUAUAUGAACCAGUUGUAUCAAGCUAUGCAUAGGAUUUAUGAUGCUCAGAAUGAAUUAAGUGCAGCAACACACCUGACUUCGAAACUCUUAAAAGAAUAUGAGAAACAGCGUUUCCCUCUGGGGGGUGAUGAUGAGAUUAUGAGCUCUACUUUACAGCAGUUUUCGAAAGUUAUAGAUGAGCUUAGCUCUUGUCAUGCGGUACUUUCGACUCAACUUGCUGAUGCCAUGAUGUUCCCCAUUACCCAGUUUAAAGAAAGAGAUCUUAAAGAAAUUCUAACAUUGAAGGAAGUGUUUCAGAUUGCUAGUAAUGAUCAUGAUGCUGCAAUUAACAGAUACAGCCGAUUGUCCAAGAAAAGAGAAAACGAUAAGGUAAAGUAUGAAGUGACAGAAGAUGUGUACACUUCCAGAAAAAAGCAGCACCAGACCAUGAUGCAUUAUUUCUGUGCAUUAAACACUCUUCAGUACAAGAAGAAAAUAGCACUGUUAGAACCUCUGCUGGGGUACAUGCAAGCUCAGAUAAGUUUCUUUAAGAUGGGUUCUGAAAAUCUCAGUGAACAACUGGAAGACUUUUUAGCUAAUAUUGGAACAAGUGUGCAAAAUGUUCGCAGGGAAAUGGACAGCGAUGUAGAGACAAUGCAGCAGACGAUAGAGGACUUGGAAGUGGCCAGUGACCCUUUGUAUGUGCCCGACCCAGACCCCACCAGAUUUCCUGUUAAUCGAAAUUUAACCCGGAAGGCUGGAUACCUUAAUGCUAGGAAUAAAACAGGCUUGGUGUCAUCUACUUGGGAUAGACAGUUUUACUUCACGCAGGGUGGAAACCUAAUGAGCCAAGCCCGUGGAGAUGUGGCCGGAGGCCUCGCCAUGGACAUAGACAACUGCUCAGUGAUGGCCGUGGACUGCGAAGACAGGCGCUACUGUUUUCAGAUCACCUCUUUUGAUGGAAAAAAAUCUUCAAUUUUGCAAGCAGAGAGUAAAAAAGACCAUGAAGAGUGGAUUUGUACAAUUAACAACAUAUCUAAACAAAUAUACUUAACAGAAAAUCCAGAGGAAACUGCUGCACGAGUAAACCAGUCAGCUCUGGAAGCUGUCACCCCUUCCCCAUCUUUCCAACAAAGACACGAGAGCCUGCGGCCGGCAGGACAAUCUCGGCCACCAACAGCUCGAACUGGCAGUUCAGGAUCCUUGGGCUCUGAGUCCACCAGUCUGGCUGCCCUAUCUUUAGAUUCCCUUGUUGCACCAGACACCCCGAUACAGUUCGACAUCAUCUCCCCUGUGUGCGAAGAUCAGUCCGGUCAGGCCAAGGCCUCUGGCCUGGGAGGCAGGCGUACAAAUCCAUUUGGAGAAUCUGGAGGAAGUACAAAAUCUGAAACUGAAGAUUCUAUUCUUCAUCAAUUGUUUAUUGUCCGGUUCCUUGGCUCUAUGGAGGUGAAAUCAGACGACCACCCAGAUGUUGUUUAUGAGACCAUGCGCCAGAUCUUAGCUGCGCGGGCCAUCCACAACAUCUUCCGGAUGACAGAGUCUCACUUACUGGUUACCUGUGACUGCUUAAAAUUAAUUGACCCACAGACACAAGUUACAAGGCUUACGUUUCCUUUGCCCUGUGUAGUUUUGUAUGCUACACAUCAGGAGAAUAAGAGACUUUUUGGAUUUGUACUGCGGACAUCAGGAGGAAGAAGUGAAAGUAAUCUGUCAUCAGUCUGCUAUAUAUUUGAAUCCAACAACGAAGGGGAGAAGAUCUGUGAUUCUGUUGGACUGGCAAAACAGAUAGCUUUGCAUGCUGAACUGGAUCGUCGGGCAUCUGAAAAACAAAAAGAAAUAGAGAGAGCAAAAGAGAAGCAACAGAAAGAACUCACUAAACAAAGACAGAUUGAAAAGGACUUGGAAGAACAAAGUCGAUUGAUAGCUGCUUCCAGUAGACCAAACCAAGCCAGUAGUGAAGGGCAGUUUGUUGUCCUGAGCAGUAACCAGUCAGAAGAGAGCGACUGGGGAGAAGGAGGAAAGAAGAGAGAGUCAGAAGCAUGAACUUCUUGGUGUUUUGAUUGAUUCCCCCUGCCCUUAAAAUCUGACAGUUUCUUUUAGUCAAAUGACGUAAGGUAACAACUGUGUUUCAGUAACACAAAGUUUGUGUUUGCUUGUUUUAGCUUCAUUUAAAACAAAUAAGGUUGACUGAAAAAAAUAAGGUUGAACUUAAAGACUUAGGUUUACAUUGACUUUUUUCCUUGAAAAUAAUGUAAUAUGCAUUCACAUUAAAUUUUACUUAACUACUUAUUUCCCUGGACACAUGUAGCCAUGGGAUUACAGCUCUGCUGAAGCAUUUUUUCCUUAUAUUGCUAAUUUUUGUUUUGCAUUGUAAUUGACUAAGCCUAUAAGAAAAGUUAUUCUGCAGAUUCAGAUACUUGUGGCUGUGUUCCCUCCUUUUCAUUAGGAACAUUUUCCUUUUAGUUCAGUAUCCAACUGAACAAGUUUAAAACUUUCUGCAGAGAACUCUACAAGUUUUCAAUGACUUUAACAAUCUUAAAUGUGCAAUAGGAUUUGUGUAAAGCCAUUAGGACAGACUUUAGUGUAAGGCUUCUCGUGGUGGCAGGUGGUACCGUAGAUGUCUGGGCACUUUCUUGAUUGCUUAUAUUUCUCUGCUGUGUCUGGUGCCAGAGGAAACAGGUGUAAGAGUCUUCAGCGGCUUGGCAUUAUGUUAUCAUACUCUUAGUUCUCAGGUUGGGACUUCAGUUAUUGCUGCAGAGCAGUAAUGGGUUAAAAGAGGAUUUUGAAACUCAUUAAAAGUGAUUUUUUUGUUGUUAUGCAAAUACAUUUUAGAUUAUGUAUAAAGAUGUUACAGGAUAAUACAUUGUAUUUUCUGCAUUGUGUGAAAUAAUUUUAUUGAUAAUCAAAUGAUAUUUCAAAAGAAGUUCUAUAACAAUUAUGUUACUGCUUAAAGUAAAAUUCUCAGAGUUUAGUUUAGAAAAUGUAAUCUUUUAAAUUUCAGACUUAUAUUCCCAGUAUUUUCAUAAUCCUAUGUUUUGAUAAAGUACUAAAUCACCACUUUAUAUCCACAAAGGCAGAUAGCUAAUUUAUGAGCAUAAAAUAAUUUGCACUAAUUAUUGUAAAUACUUGUACUUUUCAAAUGAGUAAAAGCUCUCAUCCCAUGAAAGACUGAAAAGGAGUUGAAUGCCUGGUAUAGUAUAGACAUUGACUAAAGACAGAUUUUAGCCUGGUGCUAAGGUGAAAUGACAUUUCCCUACUGCUUAUCUUCCAUGUCAACACUUGAUUUCUUUUUCUUUACUCAGAUUUUAAACAUGAUUGAUAGAAGUUAUAGUCAUGUUUCCACAUGAGAAAGUUUCCACAUGAAAUAAUUGAGUAAAAUAUUUUAUGUAAUUAAACAUCUACAAUUCAUAAGGGAAAAAUUUUUCUUUGAUCUGUAAUUUAAGGUCUGAAUUGGAAAUGGCAUCUGUUUUAGUUCUUAAAGUAUAACUCUGUUGUUUGCACACUUUGUGUGUACAUUAUUUUCUGUAGAAUGGGGUAGAUAAUUAUAUACAGGAUCAUAUAUUCUUUUUUCUGUGUGCCAAAUGGCAUAAUGAUUAUUUAAUACUCUUUGAAGCCUUAUGUUACCAAAACAUAGAGUAAACAUGUAGAAGUUCAUGGAGUACUCCUCGAUUAAAGUUUAUUUUGUGCUUACUAAAAGGGAGGCCUUCUCAAUAGUGUGUCAUGCCUUUGGUUGAAGUUGAAGUUUCUCCUGUGGUCAAUACUUGACAAGUCCUUUUUUGAGAUUGGUAGUGUUUCUGUUUCAUUAAGUCUUUUCUUUAUGUCGUCAUUUCACUUAGUUCAGAUGACCCACAAGGAAGGUGCGUCACCAUUAAGGGGUAGUUUUGCUUGACUGGUCCUUUGAAUGGUAGCAGAGCUGAGCCCUUUGUUAGCAUCCUGAGGUUAGGGUACUUGCAGACGCGGGAUGCUGGGUGGACUUAGUUCCACUUAAAUCCCAUUUCAUCGGAAUUCUCACAUAUCCAUGUCCUUGGGUCAAACCAAAAUGCAUUCCAAUGCCAAAUAGAAGUUACGAGUAGACUCAGUAAUUUUAGAUGAUUCACUUUCUCUUCUAGUACUAUUAAACUGUGUGAACUAUUAUUCCAUUACUGCAAGUAUCAAGUUUAAUAAGCUCUCUCUUUUAUUUAUAGAAAGUUUCUUCUAUAAAUAAAUGGUUUUCUUCUUAAUGUUAAAGCUGAUCUUGUACUGUUAUAUCCUCUUGUGAAAUUCCUUUUAGCUCUGGGAUACUUUGAUGGUGAUUAUUUAGAUUUGAGGAUAUUUUUUCUCUGAUUCAGAACUUACACUUAAUGAUUUUUUAGAAAGCAGCAAAACUUUUUUUUUUCAAGGGCAAAAAUUAAGCCCGAAUUCUGCUAUGCAUUCUGCUACUUAUAUGAACAGUAUUUUUGUAACUGUGAUAAGAGUCAAUAGAUAGGAAAUCAGUUAUUCUUGCAUCCUUUUAGAAUUUUGAAAACUUAGGAGGCACUAAAACAUGACUAUAGAACAGAGUCCCAAACUGUCAGUUGUUGCCAUAUUUGUAAUGAUUAUGUUUAGUUAAGGAGGGAUAACAUUGUUUCUGUUUCCCUUGGUUCUCCCAAGGGAAGUAGAAUGUGCCUAAGGUAACAUGAUCUUGUGUGGCAAAGGCAUCUGAGUCAGUUUUGAUUAGGAGCCACACAGUGUUUAUAUCUUGAAUCUUAUAAAUGCUAACAGACCCUAAAAACAAAUUAUAAAACCUACUGCUACCUGAAUAAAAUGAAAAUAUUGUUUGUUUUGAUAAUAACCUCCUAGCAUUUGGAUUAUACUUUAAAUAUUUAAGCAUACCAGUUACAGCAAGCUCUUUGUUUUAUUUUUAACAAGUUUGGUUAACUCUUUCAUGAGACUUUUAUUUUACAUUAAUUAAUAGCACAUAAAGAUUUGAAACUGGAACCAUAUUACACUUUGUAACCAAUCUUGUGUGACUGUUCUUACUAAGUAAUUCACUUCAGUUAAUACUGGGGAUUAAACUGUAACUAAUGUGCAGAAAUUGCUCUGUAUGUUGGUGUUACUGUAAUGUAAAUGAGUUGGUUACCAUUUCUCUGAUGCUGUUAUGCAGUGUGCAACUGAAAGUCAUGCAAUGUUUCCCUUUAGGAUUGGAUUUGAAGAACUCAUCUUCAUGUGACCAUGGUAUACAUGUGGGGCAGAGAAUUUAUUUUUUCAUUUCGUCAGAAUAUUUGCUGACAAGGCUUCAGGAAGUAUCUUGUUAGAAGAUUUUUUAAUGUAUAAUAAAGUCCAUGAUUUUUGUACAGUC